UUAUCAAGGCAGAAAAGAAAUGAGUAACUGGUAGAUCCUUAAAACUGCGGGAAAUGGCGAAGAGGCGGUAGGAGAAAGAUAAAUGGCUAUGACAUUUCUUGUCUUUUGUAUUUUUCUAAAAAUAGAGUUGGUCAAUGAGGACAAAGGUCACACGAUUUAGGUCAUUUUCUGGAACCUCACGCGCAGCACAAAGAAUAGUCGCCUUAAGUUGGUCGUCCUCCCUGCCCUAGCAAUCAACAAUGCAAGAUGUUAUCAAUGUUAUCGAUCUGAAUAGGAAAAUUAAAAAACACACAUAAACAAUGAGCUAGCCAUUUGAACGUAGUUAUAAACUGCUUAGCCUCCACUGUAAACAAGAGGCGUGGAGGCAAUUAAAACAUAGCACGGGUUGAAUUUAGUUUAAGCCUUUCGGUUGUUCAAACACCCGAAGGAAAGUACUCGCGAUGUGUACACAUUUCAUAAGUGUACUUUCAUUGACUAUGGCCACUGGCUAGCACAACUUGCUGUCUCACAUUGUGAAGAAUGAUUCCGCUCAGGGAGAUGAAAGGGACUCCGGUGAUCGCUGGCAAUACUGUUGCCUUGGUUCUUGUUUUCGGUUUUUUCCAUGUCAGUGACAGCCUGCCCGUGAAGGACGAUUUCAAUAGAACAGAAUGGCCCUACAUCCCACCAUUUCAUUAUGAUGUAAUCGACCCGUUUGCUGAAUAUAGAAGACUAAAGAUGCUCAAAGCUUUUCUGGUCGGUACAAAAGAAGAGCCUAGCUAUUCUUCCAGACUGAAGAGUUCCAUGGACCAGAUCUACAGUCUCAGCUACAACGUCUCCCUACUGUGUCGGCAGCAUUUCAAGAUCAUCUCUGAGGACACUGGUCACGACCUGUUCAAUAAAUUUUUUACCUCCAACGGGAAACAGGCCAAUGAAAUGAUCUUUAACAAUAAAUUAUUCAUGGGCAACUUUGAACAGUGCGAAAAAAUCGAUACAAAUGUGAACGGAAGUGAACCCGUCAGGGGGCGCUACACGCAUUUUUCACUCUCCCUUAGAGUCCACCCUAAAAUUGAUUCUACACUUUCGAUUCUCUGGUACAUCUGCUUGCCUCGUUCUUGUACUGUGGAAGAUUCCAGGAGCGUAGCCAAGACGUUUCAGAAUCACUUUCAACUGGACAGUGUUCGAAGUGAAAUGUUUGAACAGUGGGAUUCAGCAGAAGACAAUUGGUAUCACCUGGCAGUAACACUUCUUGUGUGCCUUGCUGUCGUCUGCUUCAUUGCGACAGCUGUAGAUUCAAUAGGUGUGCUCCGACGGAAGGUGAACACUAUCUGUAACUCGCAUGAUUUACCCAGGAGUAAACAAGCGAUAGCCUGUCACAUUCUGAUGUCCUUCUCACUAAGACGUAGUGUCCAUAAGACGUUCGAGGCAGACGACUCUGAAGAAUGUAUUUCUUGUCUGCAUGGUCUCAGGGUCAUCAGCUUGAUUUGGGUCUUCGCAGGCAGCGUCUUCUACAUUGUACCCACGAUAAAUAAUCCACAAAGAAGAUACUUCAUCAUUACAUCAAGGAUAACCAACAUCGUUUAUAGCCCUUUCCCUGUGGAUACUUUCUUCUUCAUUAGUGGUUGUCUGGUGGCCUAUAAUUUCUUGAAUCGUAUGAAAAACUUGAGAAAUCUGGAACGCUAUCAGAUGAUAAAGUACUACACGCACCGAUUUCUCAGGCUAACUCCACUCUUCACUCUUGUGAUGGUGAUCUACACUGGGAUAACUCCCUAUUUGGAGCACGGCCCUUUCGUUCGUCAAGAUUCCAAUCGUCACUAUGAGUGUAGACUCCACUGGUGGCGCAAUUUGUUCUACAUCAGCAACCUGUUUGACUGGAGUUCUCUUUGCAUGCCUUGGAGCUGGUAUCUACAAGCUGAUAUGCAGUUUUACGCUCUGGCCCCACUUUUUAUUGUCCCAGUAUUCUAUGGCUUCCGGAGGGUCGGUGUCUCAGUGAUUAUCAUGAUGGUGUUGUGUCAUAUCCUGAGUACUGCAGUUAUUCUCAAGUCUUAUGAAGACUGGCAUUUACAGUCUCAUGACCAGUAUUUGACACACAUAUAUAUUAAACCAUGGACGCGUGUAGGACCCUACGCUUUUGGUCUUCUGUUGGGCUAUCUUCUAUCCGACUGGGGAAAAGAUAUCAAGAUAAGCAAGCUCCAGGUCCGGACUGGAUGGCUUAUAGCAACACUUUCAUUCAUGUUGAUGUUGUCUGUACGGGAUAAUGUAUUAGCUGAGAUGUUCGGAGUACAGCCCUUCCUUAAGUUGAGGAAAAUUAGCAGCUACACGGUUUUGAAGAGUUCGCUGUGGUCUGUUACUCUUGGCUGGAUUGUGUUCGCUUGCUUCUCUGGCAAUGGAGGUGUGGUCAAUUCCUUUUUGACCUGGGAAGCUUGGGCCCCACUGUCCAAGCUGUCGUACGGAGCCUAUUUGUGUCACGCCCUGGUAAUACUUUACAUCAACCACAACCUGUAUUAUGAGGAACAGUUUACGUACACUUAUGCAGUACAAAAAACGAUCUUCGUGACAGUCUAUGCCAACUUUCUGUCAUUGGUUCUCACACUGAUGAUAGAUACCCCUAUCAGAAACCUGGUGAGACCCUUCACGAGGUUGUCUCCGACCCAUCGAUACCAGAAAGUGCACAGCGAGUCGCAAGAAGACACAUUACUCACUAGCUACGUGACCCAAGAAGAGUUCCCUAGCUUUGAGACACAAGUUGAGACAAAGCCAUGAUCUUAUCCAAUCUCUUUCAUGUGUUUUUUUUUUGCUCAUAGUAAAGACAUUAAGUAUUAAUAAUAAUCAUAAAUAAAUGUAUAUAGAGUAACAAAUGUUGGCUAAAGACGCCAUGACAAGAUAAUAAAUAUA